CUAAUCGCCAUAUUUGUUUAUGAAAACGUAAAUGUGCGUCCUCUCUAGAAAAAAAAUAAUAGUUAAAAUCACAUUUUUACCAUAUUCUGUCUGUGAGAUUUUUACCCAUCCAGGAAAGAAUAAGGAUGUCUGACCAGGAAAGUACAGAAGCUGUACCCGCCGGAGGCCCCUUAAAGGAUCCAAACAAGUCAU